AUGGCUGACAAUCUGCUGGAGGUCGGACCCCCCACUGCAAAGCGACCCAAGCUCAAUUCACCUCUCUCGGGAUCAGACGGCCCAGAUCUUGUGUCUCUGUUCGACCUGGAAAACAACCUUCCAGAUGAACUCAUUCCUAAUGGGGACUUGGGGAUGGGGAUGUCCUCCAAUGGGGGCCCAGGUGGAGGGGGUCCUAGUCUCAACUCCAUCGUUCCAGAUGCAGCUGCAAAACACAAGCAGCUGUCUGAGCUCCUGCGACCGGGAAGUUCUUCUAUCUUGGGAGGUGGCCUCAACUCUGCCAGCCCCCAACAGGGAGGCAUGGUGGGAAGUCAGCUUGGAGCUGUACUUGGUAAAAGUCCACUGGGACAGGGCUCCCCCAAUCACCAGUCUCCCCAGACCCAGAAAGGAGUUGCUGCAACUGGACAAGGCAAUGGAACCACAGCCAUGGGCUUCAGUCAGGCCAUGUUGAACAGUGGGCAGGGUCACGGGGUCGUGAGCCAGACUGGACAGGUGAUGAAUGGGGCUCUGGGACCAGCAGGCCGGGGAAGACCUGGGCCUGGAAUGCAGUACCAGGGCCAGAGUCUGCAGGGGGCACAAGUGGGUGCUGGAGGCAGUGUGCUGGCAGAGACACUCACCCAAGGAGGGCCACAGUUGGGUGCACACAACGUGUUGAAUGCUCAGCAAACAGGAAACAUGAAGAUGGGGAUGUCGGGUGCUCCAUUUGGCCAGCAGUAUGGUCAGGCUGGAGUGCAGCAGAUGGGGGCAGCGGGGGUCAACGCCCAACAACUCCAGAACAAGACGGCCCUUUCAAACAACCUGCCUCAAUUCCCCGCUGAGCUGAAGGGAGCUGGGAGUGUGCCAAACAUGUCUCAGAUGCAGCAGGUAGCAUCAGUGGGCAUGGUCCCCGGGGCUGGAGGAGUGUCAGUAGGCCCAACAGCCGACCCUGAGAAGCGCAAACUCAUUCAGCAGCAGCUGGUCCUGUUGCUCCAUGCACAUAAGUGCCAGCGGCGGGAGCAGGCUAACGGGGAGGUGAGGGCCUGCACUUUGCCCCACUGCCGCACCAUGAAGAACGUCCUCAACCACAUGACCCAUUGCCAGGCUGGCAAGUCCUGCCAGGUGGCUCACUGUGCAUCAUCCAGACAGAUCAUCUCCCACUGGAAGAACUGUACGCGGCACGACUGCCCGGUCUGCCUUCCUUUGAAAAACGCAAGUGACAAGAGGAACCAGCAGCCCAUGCUAAGUUCACCUGGGGCUGGCCUGCAGAAUGCCAUCAGCACAGUUGGACCUGGCCAGCCCAGUGCCACAGCCAUCAACAGUGCGGCCACGCACAUUGACCCCAGCUCCAUGCAGAGGGCCUAUGCUGCCCUGGGCCUGCCGUAUGGGAACCAGUCCCCUGCGCAGGUCCCGGGACAGGGUCCAGCUCAACAAAACCCACACCAGCAGCUGCGAAAUAUGAACGCACUAGGCACUAAUCAGAUGAACCAGAUGGCAGGAGGCAUGGGUGUCCCCUCUUCAGACCAGACUGGCAUGCACUCCGACUCCUCUCUAUCCUCCACACUCAACAAUCAGCUGAUGCCAGAUGGGUCAGUAGCAGGAGGCAUGGGAAACCUGCCCGCUGCCACCCCUCUCUCUGCAUCGGGGGUAAGGAAGGCCUGGCAUGAACACGUCACUCAGGACCUGCGCACUCACCUGGUGCACAAACUAGUACAAGCCAUAUUCCCCACCCCAGACCCUGCAGCACUGAAGGACCGACGGAUGGAGAACCUAGUGGCAUAUGCACGCAAGGUUGAGGGUGACAUGUAUGAGUCGGCUAACAGCAGGGACGAGUAUUACCACUUCCUGGCAGAAAAAAUCUACAAGAUCCAGAAGGAACUGGAGGAGAAGAGGCGCUCACGGCUCCAGAAACAGCCCGGCAUGGUGGGCACAGCUGGGCCUCCGCAGCCUGGUAUGGCUCAGCCCAACACCAUGGGACCAGGACAGGCUGUCCGGCCUCCCAAUGGACCUGUGCCUAUGCCCAACAUGCCAAAUCAGUUAAUGAAUCGUAUGCCCCAAGGAAUCAAUCAAUUUAACCCAAUGGCAAUGCAGAAUGCGCAGAUGUCUCAGGCACCCAUGGGAGCACGUGCUCCCUCCCCCAUGAACCAUCCACAGCAGAUGAACAUGAGCUCCGUCCCCCCGAUGGGCAUGUCCCCAUCAAGGAUGCCUCAGACACAAGGAAUGAUGGGUGGUCAUGCGAAUAACAUGGUUGCUCAGCCAUCUAACCAGAGCCAGUUCCUGCCACAGGGCCAGUUUCCUGCAGCUGCAGGUGGAGGAAUGAAUGUGAAUGUAGGCUUGGGCCAGUCUAUAACACAGGCUGCUGUGACUCAGAAGCCUCAGAACUCUAACCUCCCUCUGAAUGCACUGGGCUCCCUUGGCUCACAGAUGCCUUGUGGCCCUGCAGCCCAGCCCACCAGGGGUGCAACUCCUCCACAUAAUGCUUCUGCUGGCCUACAGCAGCAGCAGCAGCAGCAGCAGCAGUUGCAUCAACACCAUGCUCCUGCGCAGUCCCAGGUGCCAUCCCAGCCCUCUACCCCUGCCUCCACAGGUGGGCCCUCCCGUACCCCAACCCACAUACCCAGCAUCCCUGGUCCCCCCUCAGUUAUGGGUACACCCCCUGACCCAUCCCAGCCGCUCACGCCCCUGCAGCCCCAACCUGAACCCCCCAGCCAAAUGCAGCAGCCCACCUCAGUGCAGGCACAGCACCCCAGUACACCGGCAGCAGCCAGUAUAGAUAACCGAGCGCCCACCCCAGGUUCUGUGGCUGAGCUGAGCUCCCAGCAGGCUCUGUCUGACAUGAGCGGCACCGAAGCCAAACCUGAAGUAAAAGAUGAAGACGAUGACAGCAACUCUGGGAAGAAGCAGACUAAUAUAAAAAUGGAGCCGGAUGAUGAAACCAAACCCCCACUGGUGAAGAAGGAGGAGCCAGAGGCAUUAGAGCCAAAGCAGGAACCAAUGGAAACUGAGGAGAAGAAGCCGGUGGUGAAGGCAGAACCCAAAGAAGAGGAGGAAAACGGGGCCAACAGCAGUUCAACCGCCUCCACAACUCAGAACCGCAAAAAAAUUUUCAAGCCAGAGGAGCUGAGACAAGCCCUAAUGCCGACACUUGAGGCCCUCUACAGGCAAGAUCCAGAGUCACUGCCCUUCAGACAACCUGUAGACCCCACGCUACUGGGCAUCCCUGUGAGUAUCCAAAAUCAAAUACACACAUACCUGUAUUUCACGGACAUAAUUAUUAGAAUUUGCUCAUUCCUGUCUCAUGCUCUACAGGACUACUUUGACAUUGUGAAGAAUCCCAUCGACUUAUCCACCAUCAAGCGUAAGCUGGACACUGGUCAGUACCAGGAGCCUUGGCAGUAUGUGGACGACGUGUGGCUCAUGUUCAACAAUGCCUGGUUGUACAACCGUAAAACAUCCCGUGUUUACAAGUACUGCACCAAACUGGCAGAAGUGUUUGAAGCCGAGAUUGACCCCGUCAUGCAGGGCCUGGGCUACUGCUGCGGCAGGAAGUACGAGUUCUCACCCCAGACGCUGUGUUGCUAUGGCAAACAGUUGUGUACCAUCUCCAGGGAUGGCACCUACUACAGCUACCAGAACAGGUAUCACUUCUGUGAAAAGUGCUUCAAUGAGAUCCAGGGCAACAGUGUGACCCUGGGAGACGACCCGGCACAGCCACAGACCAAGAUAUUAAAAGAUCAGUUUGAAAAGAAGAAAAAUGACAUGUUGGACGCGGAACCGUUCGUUGAAUGUAAAGACUGUGGACGAAAGAUGCAUCAGAUCUGCGUGCUGCACCAUGAAAUCAUUUGGCCAUCAGGUUUUAUCUGUGACAACUGUCUAAAGAAGUCUAGUAAAACAAGAAAGGAAAACAAGUUUGCAGCCAGACGUUUGCAGUCCACAAGGUUGGGAACAUACAUUGAAGACAGAGUUAAUAAGUACUUGAAAAGGCAGAACCACCCAGAGGCCGGUGAGGUGUUUGUGCGAGUGGUGGCCAGCUCUGACAAAACUGUGGAGAUUAAGCCUGGCAUGAAGUCUAGGUUUGUAGACUCAGGCGAGAUGGUUGAGAGCUUCCCUUACAGAACCAAAGCACUUUUCGCAUUUGAGGAAAUAGACGGGGUGGACGUUUGUUUCUUCGGCAUGCACGUCCAGGAGUACGGCUCAGAGUGCCCCUUUCCAAAUACCAGACGGGUUUACAUAUCAUACCUUGACAGUAUUCACUUCUUCAAACCACGUUUGCUAAGGACUGCGGUGUACCACGAGAUCUUAAUAGGCUACCUGGAGUAUGUGAAGAAACUGGGGUAUGUGAUGGGUCACAUCUGGGCCUGCCCACCCAGUGAGGGAGAUGACUACAUUUUUCACUGCCACCCUCUGGACCAGAAGAUCCCUAAACCCAAGAGGCUUCAAGAGUGGUACAGAAAGAUGCUGGACAAGGCGUUCGCUGAGAGGAUCCUACAUGAUUACAAGGACAUUUUCAAACAGGCAACAGAGGACAGACUGGCCAGUGCCAAUGAGUUGCCGUAUUUUGAGGGUGACUUUUGGCCUAAUGUUCUUGAGGAGAGCAUCAAGGAGCUGGAGCAAGAGGAGGAGGAGAGGAAGAAGGAGGAGAACACUGCCUCCUGUGAGACAACAGAGGGAACCCACACUGACAGCAAGAAUGCCAAAAAGAAGAAUAACAAGAAAACCAACAAAAACAAGAGCAGCGUCAGCCGAGCCAAUAAGAAGAAGCCUGGGAUGCCGAAUGUAGCUAAUGAUCUGUCCCAGAAGCUCUACGCCACGAUGGAGAAACACAAGGAGGUAUUUUUUGUCAUCCACCUCCAUGCUGGGCCAGUCAUUAACACCCUGCCACCCAUAAUGGACCCCGACCCGCUAUUGACCUGUGACCUAAUGGAUGGCCGUGAUGCCUUUCUGACAUUAGCAAGGGACAAGCACUGGGAGUUCAGUUCUCUGAGAAGAUGCAAAUGGAGUACAAUGUGCAUGUUGGUGGAGCUGCAUAACCAGGGCCAGGACCGCUUUGUGUACACUUGCAAUGAAUGCAAGCACCAUGUGGAGACUCGCUGGCACUGCACCGUCUGCGAGGACUACGACCUAUGCAUUAACUGCUACAACAUUAAGGGCCAUGAGCACCAGAUGGUGAAGUGGGGCUUGGGUUUAGACGACGACAGCAACAGUCAGGGUGGAGAGGCCUCCAAGAGCCCGCAGGAGAGCCGGCGUCUCAGCAUCCAGCGCUGCAUCCAAUCCCUGGUCCAUGCCUGUCAAUGCCGCAACGCAAACUGCUCUCUGCCUUCAUGCCAGAAGAUGAAGAGGGUGGUUCAACACACCAAGGGCUGCAAGCGCAAGACAAAUGGUGGCUGCCCUGUCUGCAAGCAGCUCAUUGCUUUAUGUUGUUAUCACGCCAAGCACUGUCAGGAGAACAAAUGUCCUGUUCCUUUCUGUCUCAACAUCAAGCACAAACUCCGUCAGCAGCAGCUGCAGCAUAGGCUCCAUCAGGCUCAAAUGAUGCGCCGCAGAAUGGCCACCAUGGCUGGAAGGGGUAUGCCCCUGCCAUCUCCACCUACCUCAGCAGCCCCUGACACACCAAACUCUAUUCAGCAGCCUAGUACACCCCAGACGCCUCAGCCCAUGCCCAACCAGCCCCAACAUCAGCCACCAAACCCUCCCAAUAUUGCCCAAGUCUUUCCCAACAACGGCCGCAUCAGCCAGCCCCCAACACCAGUCCCACAGGGCAAACCAGGACCUCAGUCAUCGCCUCUGCAUCAGCAGCAGUCACCGCUGCCUAACAUGCCACACCAACAGCAGCCUCAGCCACCGCAGCAGCAGCAGCAACCACUGCUGGCAGCCCUGAAGGUGGCCAAACAAAUUGAGAUGGUAGCCAAGGCAAAGCAGCAGCAGCAGCAGCAGCAUCAGCAGCAGCAGCAGCAGCAGCAGCAUCAUCAUCAGCAGCAGCAGCAUCAGCAUCAACAGCAGCAGCAGCAACAACAACAACAACAGCAGCAGCAGCAGCAGAAUUAUGCCAUGAAUGGGAUGCCCAUGAACCACCCACGAAUGAUGGGGCCGAUACAGGGCCAGAUGCAGAUGAUGCAGGGUCCGCGGGGUCCUCAGGUGAUGCAGGCUAUGCAGCAGGGCCAGUGGGGUCCAGGAAUGCAGAAUCCCAUGCAAAAUCCCAUGCAGAAUCCCCAGGGUCAUCCGUCACAGGUCCCUCCUCAACAAGGCCCCAUGGCCUCUCAGCAGGCUCAGGGAACUCCUAUGCCCCAGCAGGGCCAGCUGAUGCAGAGACCCAUAAUGCCUCAGCAACAGGGUCUCCAAAUGCCUGGGAUCAUGCCUCCCCAAGGGCCCUCACAGCAAGGCAUGACACCACAGCAGCAAAACAUGCCCCGGGGAAUGCCUGGAAACAUUGCUCCAAGUGCCCUGCAGGACUUGCUGCGAACCCUCAAAUCUCCCAGCUCCCCUCAGCAGCAACAGCAGGUUCUCAACAUCCUCAAGUCUAACCCCCAACUCAUGGCCGCAUUCAUUAAACAAAGGACAGCGAAGUACCAGGCCAACCCGCCACAGCAGCAGAUGCAGCAGCAGAACCCUCAGGCCAUGCUAGGGUCUCAGGCAGGAAUGCAGGCCAUGGCAGCCAUGGCAAACCAGGUGCAGAGGCCAGUGAUGGCACCCCAGCAGCAGCCUCCUCAGCAAGUAGGGCCCCAAAACAUGGCACCCAUGGGCCCCCAAGGUCAGAUGAUGAACGCUGCUCAAAAUGGCAAUCCCCAGCUGUACCGUAGACAACAGCUGCUCCGGAUGCAGCAGGCGCAGCAGCAGCAGCAGGCACAGCAGCAGCAGGCACAGCAGCAGCAGGGAGGAAUGCCUCAGAGCCAUAGUCAGUUCCCUCAGCAGCAGUCAGGGCCAGCUAGCUACUCCCAGCUUCGUAUGCAGCAAAUGGCUAUGCAAGGAGGUGGGGGCCCCAUGGGCCAGCUCCCUCCCACAUCCCAAAUGGGCCAACCUGGCAUGGGCAUGGAUGGGGCUCAGAAUCUCCUCCAGCAGCGCAUGCUUCAACAGCAACAGCAGAUGUUGAAGCAGCAGAUGGGUUCUCCAGCGCAGGCAAACUCGAUGAGUCCUCAAUCACACAUGCUCCAAGGCCAAGCCCAGGGAGGAGCUCAUCUACCUGGCCAAGUAAUGGCAAACUCAUUAGGAAACCAAGUCCGCUCCCCAGCCCCAGUGCAGUCGCCCCGUCCACCUUCGCAGCAGCCCCCGCAUUCCAGUCCAUCCCCACGAAUACAGCCGCAGCCUUCGCCCCAGCACGGCGCCCUCCACUCCAGUUCUCCUCACCCCAGCCUUGGAGGCCCCAUGUCAGGCUCCAUGGAGCAGGGACACAUGGGAACACCAGAGCAGAGUGCCAUGCUGCCGCAGCUUAACACACCAAAUCGAGGGGGGUUAAGUAAUGACAUGGGUAUGGUGGGUGACACGACGGGAGACACGUUGGAGAAAUUUGUUGAAGGAUUGUAGCAUUUCAUGACAGAAGGCCUUGUUCUGUUUUCAGCUGAGAAGAUUUUGUACUUGCUGAUGUAAAAAGCGAAAAAAAACAAACUAAUGAGUCAUAUGAGGCCUACGGACUGUGAACUUUCCUGAAACCAAGGGACUGCUUUUUCUUCCAACACAGAGUGAUUUAAUAGUUGCUGUUGAAAAGAAGACAACAAAGACACAAAGAAUAUAUUUUUGGUUCCAGACCAGCCAUGCAAGAAUUUGCCCUGGUCUUUGUGUUGUUUUAAUUUGUUUUUCAUUUGUUAUGCUCUGGUAUUGACUUUUUUAACAAAACUUCUCAAAACAAAAAAUAUUUCAAUUUAUUAUUCUUUUUUUAUUUUGUACCUUUGCAAAUUAAUAUCGUAUUUGUGUUGAGAAGACUGUAAAAUUAUUUGCCUGGGGAAUUUUUUGCCAGGUUUCACCUCUUGCUCAAUUUCUCUUGUUCCUGGCUAAUUUAUUCUAAUAUGCCAUUUUUCAAAAGGACUGCCUUUGGGAAAGCCUUAAUUUCUUUCCUGUUUGCAGAGUCUAUGGGAGAUUAACGUAUUUGUAUAGAUCUAGGAACUAUUGCACACACCCAAACACAACAUGCAGGUGUAAGAAAAACUUGCAUUGAAGCUUGUAAUGUUCACAGGUGCCAGAAUGUUCAGUUUACUGGCCCGGGCCCAGUAUUUGUCUUGCAGAUAUUUAAAAGAAAUUGCUUUGUCUCUCCUUCAGUAUAAAGAAAUUCUCAUUAAGUACUGAACCUCUUUUGCCUGUGGUGGGAAAUUAAUUUGUUUGACUGCUGAUUUGUAUUCAGAGAGAGUUUUGUGCAUCAUUGUCUCUCUUGCAUUAAACUUGAAUUGAUGAACUGUUCCCUAAUGUAAAUCAUGCAGCUAGACAGUACUGUAAAUAUGCAGAAAAUAAGAAUGAAAUCACUGUACAAACUGGUUCAAAUGGCUCAUUUCGUACUUAUAUACCAUAUUGUUAAAUAAACCUGUGUGCCACAGA